UCACAUCUACUGUCCCCAGUUUCUUUUAUUGAAACAGGAUUUUCCUUCUGUCGUCAAGAGUCAAGACUUUGUGCCUGUCUCAAAUGUCUAACAGACAGUGAUCCUUGGUUUAAUUACAUUAUCAGUGAAGCUCCUAAACCCUUUAUGUCACGGAAACAUAAAACUUCAGAGGAAGACUUCAACUGGUGGAAGGUCUUACAGGGGAAAAAAGAAAACUUCACUUUCUACAAUAAAACACUACAAAGUGUGUUUGAGACGAUAACACUAAUUGCAGAUAUUGAAGAACCUCGACCUGAUCGCUGCAGGAGCUGCGCUGUGGUGGGGAAUUCUGGAAAUUUGAGAGGAUCACAUUAUGGACCAUUGAUAGAUGCCCAUGAUAUUGUAAUAAGAAUCAAUCGAGGGCGUACCAAAGGCUAUGAAACAGAUGCUGGAACCAAAACAACUCAUCAUGUCAUGUAUCCAGAAAGUGCUACUAGAUUGGACAAUACCACUAAUCUUUUGUUUUUUCCCUUCAAAACACCUGACUUUUUGUGGCUUCUCAAGGCCUUAAAUCCCAGGGAAAAUGGCGCCCCAAAAUCUAACAAGAUAGCUAACAAGGAUUUGGUGAGGAUCCUUCAUCCAGCUUUCAUGAAAUAUGUUCAUGAAGUCUGGCUAAGAAGGAAGGGAGCUUAUCCAUCCACUGGCUUUCUUACUGUCGUUCUCAGCUUACUGAUGUGUGAUGAGGUCAAUGUCUUUGGGUUCGGAGCAGACAGCGAGGGAAACUGGAGCCAUUACUUUGAAAUCCUCCGGAACAAAAAAUUAAAAACAGGAGGCCAUCCUGGAGAAGAAGAAUAUAAAAUGAUUGAUAAAUUACACAAGAGGAAGAAAAUUUUUUUUUUUAAAGGAUGGUAAUUUUUUCUGUUUGCAUUUCCCUCUUCAUCAGUUGCAAAUCAGUUUUAAAUAAGAAUAUAUAAAAUGCAUUAUUUUCUCCCAAGUCAUGGCUGUCAGUUAUUUUAACUGACCACAUCAAAAACUAUUUACAUAUUUUCCAAAAAUAUAGGGUUAGGGUUUGCAUUCAGAGCAAGGGUUGUCAACGAUCAAGUCUUAGGCUACGUUCACGCUGCAGGUCUUAAUGCUCAAUUCCGAUUUUUUGAUCAACACUUCAACACUGAUGUGCUUCGGGGUUUGUACGUGCUAUGGAGUCUUAACGUGUUUUGGAGUUUUUACAUGUUUUGAAGUUUGUACGUGCUUUGUUUUUAGGGGCCACCG